UUGUGUUGGGCGUCAUGAAAGGGGAUGGAAGGCGCUGCCGACACUUCAGGUGAAUGAGACCUCUCAGGGGGGAAGAGGAGCUGGGACACGGUUCACUGUGCAUCGCAUUAAGUGGGGGGGAAAAUGACUUGUAUCGGGGGGUAUGUUUCCAUGACAGCAUAUCUACUCUUCCUGAUGGGAUCCCUUGCACAGAAAGUAUACUUUGACUGUGGUGCCAAGGUGGAUGUGGUGGAUGUACGAGGACUGAUACUUUCUCCUGGCUUCCCUUACAACUAUUCUUCUGGGACCCACUGUGUUUGGCAGUUCUUUGUACCAAUUAAUUAUCAACUUAUCCUUGAGAUAUUUGACUUUGACGUGUUUGAAAGCCAUGACACUUCUGCACAGUACUCAGCCAAUUCGAAUUUUGAGGAUGAUAAUGAUGAUGGAAAAAAUGAGGUGACUUAUGCCCCGAACAUGUUAGCAUCGGAUGGGCCUUUAACAGCAGAUAUUGAUCACGUUGAUCAGACUAUUGUUUCAAAGAUCCAGCAAUCUUCCCAAGACAGUGAGCUGGAGAAGGUGAUGGUUCAUGAACAGUCCAAAAAAAUUGAGAUGGCAAAAGUCUCAAACUCUGCCAAAAGAUUUAUAGCUCAUUCCUCUGGGCUUACAUUGCUGCCCACUGCUUCUCUUCUGCUUCCUGUAGCCGUGUUGAAUACAGAUAAGGCUAUCAACACGGCCUCCCCUUCACGUCUUAGGGUGCACCCAAGUUCCAUCUCAAGCAUGUCUAGUGUGACCCAAGUUCCCUUCCUACAAUCCACUUCCACUGCUUCUGUGAGCCCUGGAACCCAGCAGUCAGGGUUUGACGCCUGCCCUCAUGAUGUCCUUUAUAUCUCAGAUCUCAUCACCUUUUCCUCAAGGUUCUGCGGUUCCAACCGACCUCCUAGCAGCCAGUUGGUUUUUGGCUCUAGUCAGGAGAUGGUGGAAGUCAUCAUGGAGCUCAUCACUACCACUCACUGGGGUCGUGGCUUUGCCCUCCUCUUCCACUACAACAAUCUGAUCAAUCCAGACGAUGAACAGAGAAGCUUUGUUUCCACAUCUGCCAAGCUAGACCCUCUGCUGGCUGCUGUGAGUGGAGCUGCCUUCUUCGCUUUGAUACUUACCAGUGCCCUCUGUGUCAUAUUCAGACCCAAACUGUGUCUAAAGAGAGAGAGCUCCCGUGCAUCCACCAGCACUGAGGUGCCAGAGGCAAUUCAGAACACUAGAGUGGAGAUAAGUGAGCUGCAACCAAUGGCUGAGAGUCAGACCAACCAGGAGGUGAACAGGAAUCAGGAAAACAAGUACAGCCCACCACACAUAGUCAGUGCUGGUGGUGACACUUCCCAGAAUACAGAAUUGGACCUUUCCUCCAGUGGUUUGGCGGAGCUGGAUUUUGGUCCAGAUGAGGUGUUCAUCAUAUCGUCUGGCCCGAGCCCACACAGGCCAUCCUUCUCCUCACACACACAAAGGGAGAGGUUCCUGAGCCACAGUGACACUGGUCCUGGUCCAGUUGGUGACUGGCCCCCACCUGAUUCUACCCCCUCACCUUCUGGUCCCACCAGUGAUGGAAGAGGCGGUUGUGCCAGACCAAGAGCGUGGAGCGUACGCACCUUCCAGGAAUUCCUCCCUCCGCUGCCGCAGCUCCAUAAGAAGUGGUGCAGCUGGAACUCUACGAGUCCCUUCACCAAGCUAGUAGACAGCGCGCCUCCCAGUGUGGUGUCUGACAACAGGAAAGUUUUCUCCGACGUUCACUUGGCAGCCAAGAAUGAAACAAGCACCAUCUCUGACUCUUCUAUCAGCAAUGCUUCCUAUCCACUUGCUCAGGCCGCCCAGCGGCAGCGUCGUCUGAACUCGACCAGCAACCUGCGACGCUCCCGCUUCACAGGGCCUUGCUUUGGUCUGCUCUCUGAAACUGGAGACCUGAUCAAGACCACUGGUCUUAAUAAUGCGCAAAGAUCCCAACCAGAGUCUGUCUCUUCUUCCUCCAUCCACUGUGCCAUUGAAAGCAACCAGACAACAAAAAGGCAAGAUUUUCCAAGUGAGGGUGAUCACAUCAAUGUACCUGUGUUUGCCAUCUCUGAGGAAGAGGACCGGCAGCCUCUGGUCUCAGCUGAGCACCUGGACCGAACCACUUGCACCACCAUUCAGAAUGGACUGGUUCGGGGAACAUUCGACAGCAAAAGACCUGCCUGUGUAAGCAGCGUCAACUCUCAGAAUCAGAGGGUCAGACUGGAGUGGAGGCCGUGGGGGAAUCAGAUGUUAGAAGGGGUUUGUUCAUUCCCUUCCAAUACACCCACUACCACGACCAAGUCCAACAGCUUUGACUGCCAGUUCCCUCACAGCCAGAAUAGUGUAUGGUGCAGUGUGACAAACCAUGUGUGACCGGGAAGAUGCUGAAAAGACUGGUAGGCCAGUGACUUAUUCAUGAAAUGUUGUUAGUGCCCUCUUUUUUAAUAUGUAACCUUCAGUACUUAAAUGAAAAACAAAUCAACUUUUGCAAAUUGUCUUCUAUGCUCUGGAAUAUAUUAUUUUCUUUCUGGAUUCAGCUCAACAUAUGCUUAAGUCCUAACUGCUGCAGUGUAAGAAAAAGAAAGUAUUUUUGACUGUACAUGGAAACGCCAACUUUUAGGAGCACUUUAGGACCAGAUUUGUGGAUCAGUUUUAUGCAUUUUGGUGAAUACACUCCAUUACACAUCAAUAACUUCAGUAACUCAUUAAUUGUGGCUUUUUGCAUUCUGUACAUAGAGGUCUUGGACUUCAUCUCACGUCCUCCAAUACCCAUUUCUCCAAAGUGUUCCACAAAGUAUGAGUCAUACAAAAAUUGCUUGUAAACAUAAUGUAUAGUUUUACUGGAUUAUGAAAGGGAAAUCAAAAUGUUGUAAAAUGUAUACUAAUGUAGGCUACAUCAAUAGAUGAAUCAAGUGGGGAAGAAAGCAAUCAGUAGUAAUUACCAAAUGGGUUGACAUGAAUUAAAGAAGUUGAAAUAAAGGCUGUUAUUCUCAUGCAGAGUA